AACAUUGCAUGGAGGAUGUCGCGAUCACCUUCAGGCCUUUUUACACCUCCGUCAUCUCCGUCAGCAGUACGUCAAUGUUUUCCUCCUACUGCAUUCUCAUUUCAUGGAUGCCCAUUGUCUGCCGCUGGUUCGUGUACUAGUUUUGUUCCGGAUUCUUUAGGAGUUCGAUAUAGAGCUCAAGACUCGCAACGAUGGCAAAACGCUGCCCAGACGUACCAGAGCAGCCGAGCGCACAGUCCUGUUCCGUAUCCACGUAACCUGAGUAACGGGAACAUUUUCAGCACUCCCUUAUCGCUGGUAGAAAUAGGAAGGGCAAAUCGAAAAAGGCACGCAGAGAACGGCGGAAUUAAUACGGGAGAAGGCAGUCCACUGGAGUUGGAAGCUAUAGCUGCAGUUCAUGAGCUCGCAAAUGAUGUGAAAUCAAUUGCAGUAUCCGAUAUGCUCCCCCGUACUGCGGAUUUAAUAUUUCUGAACAUUAGGACAGUUGAAGACCAACCCUAUACAUUGGAGUUAACGAUGAAAGGCUGGAGAAUAGCCUCUAUCAAAUGGGAUAGUAUGAAUGGAGACUACACAAAAGUAGCCAUGCACACGAAAUAUUACGAGAAUGCUCGGCAGUUAUUGGCUGAUGUUUCCCCAGCACAUUCUCAAAAUAUGAUCCAUACGUUAAUUAAAAAGUUAGAAUCGUUGGCCGAAGCACGAUCUUCAACAGAAGUAAUUUCUAUUUCAUCUUUCCCAAAUAUCAUAUAUUAG